GUUUGGUUGGCUAGAAAUGAGGAAGGCACGAUCCAGCCACAAAGUACCAGCCUCCCCCGCCUUCACCAUACCCACCACCCGACAAACACCUCUUCUCUCGAAGCACUUUUGCGAUCCUGCCAACUGCCAUCAUGUCGUUCUCCGGACUAUCCUUCAUCUUUUGGCGCGUCUUCCAGAUCAUCACCUUGAUCCCGUGCCUGGGCAUGCUCGCCUGGUUCGUCGACUGGUACAACAGCCGCGGCCUCCUCACACCAACGUCAAUCCUCGUCCUGUUCAUCGUAUCGGUGCUCGGCGCAGCAUGGGCUAUAGGCACCCUCUUCCUCUACACGCGCGCGAAGCACUCUGCCAAAUUCGUGGCUUUCAUCGACCUUCUUUUCAUGGGUGCCUUUAUCGGAGCCGUCUAUGCUCUCCGAGGGAUUGCUGAUGCUGAUUGCUCCAACUGGGAAAGGAAUGGUUCCUACAGCGCUGAUCUUGGUUUAUUCACUGUCAGUGGAGACAGGUGGGGGUUCAACAUCGACCGCCAAUGCGCCAUGCUCAAGGCUUCAUGGGCUUUCGGAAUCAUGAACAUCAUUUUCUUCUUCAUCACUGCCAUAUUGGCUCUACUUGUGCACCGUCACCACCAGCCACAGUCGGAGCCGACGCAGCUAUGUCUAAGCUAAUGGGACAUGUCAAAUAAUGACAGGGUAUUCGGGGUAUCGGAGUUGGGUUUGGAGCAUCUGGCACUGGCUAUGGUCAGAAUUACGAAUUUCUUUGGACAUAUUCCCCCUUGCGCCAAUAUUUGAAAGUAUUGGCGUGUGUAUUGAGAUGAUAUGGAAGCGAAAUGGUUACGACAUUGGUAUGAGAAUACAUCCCUGGACCACGGGAAUUAGAACGACUCUGUAGAUAAUUGCUUUAUGAGAACUAUGGUCGCGAGCAAGUCUACACUCUAAGCAACGUGACAGAACACGUCAACAACAACAAUAAUGUAUUGCUGCCCGAGUGUGGUAAUGCUGUCUU